UUUUUAAUUCAACCAGCUCUAGAUAGAAGGUGUUUUUCCCCCAGAGUUUUACUGAGCCUCCACGAGGCUGAUUUGUACAUUAUAGGUUUUAGGUACUUAACCUUUCAUAAAAAAACAGUUAAGAAGAAAUCUUGGAGCUGGUUUAAGACUAUCUUUUGGAAAUGCCACCCAUCUUGCUGAGGUAAUAUAAACCAGAAUUCUUUGGAGUUGGUAUGUGAAAAGGGAAGGAAAACUGCCUUGAUCAGUCUUCUAAUCAUUUGCCUAUUUUCAGCUAUAAUCAGGUUAGCACAUACUUUAGUUACCCCUGUUUUAUGUUACUCAUCAGAGGUUAAAAUGGGCAAGCUAUAUUUCACAGCUUUAAAAAGGCAUAGAGUGUGACUACUCAGAGCUGAGAGUUGGGAUUUUGCGCUGCCGGAAGCUGGGGCACACAACCGUUAGCAUUUAGUCAGGAAAUCCUAACUUGCUGGGGCUUGAGAGUGCAGGAUUUUCUGCAGAGUGCUCUGUGCAUCUUUGGUUACAGCAGUUCCCUUGAUGGCUCUCCACCAUUCUUGUCUCUGGAUUGUUUGGAAAGCGCACAUCAGGAAAGUAGUUCAUUUGAAAGACUGCAGAGAUUUCCUUCUUCACUUGAUCCUUUCAUGAAAUUUUCACUUGGAUAUAGUUGUGGUUGACUUCCUCUGUGUAAUCGAGAGGGGCAAGUUUAUGGCUGUGGCAUCUGUAAAACCACACACCACGUCCCUGCCAAGGCUGUCUGAAAAUGUCUAAUAGUGGGGAGACUGAUUUAUUCACUGAGUUCUUUGUUCCUUUACCCCUCUUCGCUCUAGCUACUGCGUCUCAUGCAUUUAAUAAUAAUAGGAGCUGGCAGGGGUGGGAGAGCAUAGCAGCCUGGUUUAUCAAAGUUGCGGAAGCUCACAAAUCCAGUCCUCCAGAGUGUAGGUUUGAGGCCAACAUCCUUCAUGUCUCUCUUCAAUGACCCACUCCUUUAUUUAUAUAGAAUUAGGGUUUGUUCUUGAUGGGCCUGAUACAAUGAUGUCAACAGAGACUCCCACUGACUAGAGUGGGCUUUGGCUCAGGCCCCAAAAGGUCAUUGUGAAAUCUGAACCUACCAAGCCCUGAGUCUGGAAAGUGGGUUCUUCUUUUCUUGUACUGAUCACCCAUGCAGAACCCAUCCAUCCAGGCCAUACAGGUGGAAAUAUUGGUCCCCCUGAGGUCAAUGGAAAUUUUGUCUAUAGAUUUUUAUGUCAAUGCAUAGUCUCAUUCCAUUCUCUUUUCUGCCUUUUCAGUUGCCUUUGCUGCUGGUGGUCUUUGUCCAUUUUGGUGUUAUACAGUGUGAUUGGAUGGGAGAGGAAAUACUCUGACUAUUCUGCAGGUUUUAUAGUCUGAGAGUCCAGAAUCUGUAUGUGCAGCUCCCAUUGACUUCCAGGGAUAUGCCCGCACUUUGUGGAGAACUGGGAAACUCUUUUAUGACUCAAUUUCUCCUCUCCUUGCAUGGUUACCUGCCGGGUGUGAAGGUUUUUUUUUUUUUCUUGAAAUAAGACAGGGCAUGCAGUCUCUGGGGGGGAAAUCACUCUCUGUAAAUGAACCAUCAAGAAUUAAAAUCACUGGGUGAUGGUAAGUAAUGCAAAUCCUUAGACAUGGAAACGUGUCCCCAGAAGUACCACCCCUGGGGGAAGUUCCAUAUCUUGGGUUUGCCCAGGUUCAAGAGGCCCAGCAAACAAAGAACUGGGAAUUGUAUAAAGUGAUAAACCCAGCAAGGGGUCAUUCACUUGAUGAAAGAACUGAAAUGACAGAGUGGCCAAGAGGUUCGAGAUCCUGCCGAAGGGGUUUGAAGGACUUUGAAACUCACCAGGAACUCCAUGUAGAAGGCUGGCUGCUCACUGGCUAACCCUGUCGUCGUCCCUGGGAGCGAACAGAAUGGCAGGUACUAAACUGAAGUCAGACUUGCUAAGGUGAUCACAGUGAGUUGCAGGAGGAAAUAGCAGCCUUAAAUCCCUGAUCUGGAGGAAGAGGAAUGCAGGGGGUGCACAUUCCCCAAGCUGUCUUUUAGAGUUAGCAAGAAGCUGCCUAUCAUCUUAGCCAGCAAGGGAACAAAGAUCUUGUGAGCCGUGAAACUCUAUCUUGUCUGUCGACCUCUUAGAAUACUGUUUCUUAAGGAAAGCAUCUCAAGUCACUGGGACUGUUUGUGAGAGCUUGACCGAAGCUUGUUUUCAAAGGCAGCCUUUUGCUAAUAUUUGAAUCUUCAUUCCUGAUGAAAGCUUGCAGAGGUGACUGGGAGCCAGCAGCCUAAGGUGCAGCCUCCUCAUUAGCUCCCUCAGGUGAUUUUACAAUGGAUGGAAGAGCAGACUCGUUGGUGAUGACUGUGCAUCUUCUUGCCACCUCUGGACAUUCAUUACUUUUGCAGCAAACUCUUGAUCGGCUUCUGGGGUGGAUCUGCCUGGAUGUUCGACUCUUCCUUGUAUCUGAACGUGUUACUCCAGUGAAGUAUUAUGAGAAAUAUCGCCGGAAAAGCUCUGGAUUUCCUGGGAUGUCCAUUCUCCUUUUCCUGCAUGAGGACUUUGGGGAAGAACGGAUUUUUCGGGUCCAUGAUUUUUUCCAGCACCCUCCAUGGCAGGAUCACCACAUGCAACAUGCUAAUGGGAAACUGUACCCUUAUGCACCUGCUAGUCAGGAAUUUUAUGGUCUGGAUGAGCAUAUGCCUGUAUGGGGUUUGCGGCAAGUUCAUUAUGGCACUGAAAUUCUGCGUGUGACCCUCUACUGUAGCUUUGAUAACUAUGAUGAUGCAGUCAGACUUUACGAGAUGAUUCUGCAGAAAGAAGCAUCUAUGCAGAAGAGUAACUUCUGUGUCUUUGUGCUGUAUGCAACAGAAACCAUUGCUGUUCAGCUCUGCUUGAAGCAGCUUCCUCCUGGGGUCUCUGUUGAACUGAAAGAAUCUUCCGUGUUGCAAUUCAAGGUGCACGAAAUUGGGAAGCUGGUACCUCUUUUGCCUAAUCCAUGUAUUCCUAUCAGUAGCACCCGAUGGCAAACUCAGGAUUACGAAGGAAACAAAAUCUUGCUUCAGGUGCAAGGCAACUCAAAACACACUGAAAAAAAUGAUGAACUUUCCAAUCAGCACAAUAAUGCAGGUGAAGAAAAGAUCCUACAGAAUUCCACUCUAGCCCCUUUUCCCACAAAGUGGGUUAAUUCAGAGCAGAAAAGCCGGAAGGUCAGAAUGAUGAAGUGUAAAAUCAAAUCAGAACACGGAAUUAUUUCUGGGAGUGUUAGCAGCACCCCACAGAGUAACGCCUGCUCUGCAUUCCAGGCCAGCAGUCCAGCAGCUACUUCACAGUCUGAUACCACGUCUUUCAAUGUAAGUGCAGACACUACACUGAACACUUCCAGCCAAGAAAUCCGGUUUCGAAGGCAAGAAGCAGAGACCAAUGUUGACACAGGAUUCACGGUAGUAAAUUCUGAAUGCACUCCAUCUCCCCUUAGCAGGUUUUCAAGGGACUUGCAGGACAGCCUUCCUCAACCACAAGCACCAAAUUAUUCAUUAGCUGCUGCUGGCUCCAGAAUCAACUUGCCUUCUGAGGCUAGAACCCAUCUGCCGUCAUUUGCUGUCAAAAGAAAUGAAGGCGCAGGACAGACAGCUUCAGACUUUCACUUGCGAAUAUCAAGAGCAAACUAUGGGAAUGGAAAUGAAGAGGAGGAGGAAUUCUUUAUUUGACUCGAAACAAAUGUGCCUGACAGACUGACUUUAAAACUGAUAGCUAAAUGCUUUAUUCUGGAAACGGAGAGAAAGCAAUCUGCAUGCCGUUUAGCUCUGUGUUUAGACCUAGGCUACCUGCUCUGUGAUGGAAAAAGACUUCAGUGGGGUUUUAUUGCAAUAGAGUGACUCAUGUACAAAAAUGCUAAUGGGACGGAGGGCAAAACCACAAAAAAUAAUCAUGUGCAGUUACACAGUGAGUUUGAUUCUUUUCAAUACAGAGCACCCAACAGCCUAAUUGUGCAAUGAAUGGGAAUAAGCUAUGCGAGUCCUAUUGCUGUUUGUAAAUGUUAAUCAGUAGCCUGUGACCCGUUCUGUCUUGUGUAGUUGCAUUAGAGGGCUUUGGCAUUGGGGAGGCAGUGGAAUGCUGCACUGCGAGAAAUAGCACUGCGGACACGGGAGGCGCUGCGCGAGUGCGUAGAGAGCUGUGCAGGGUACACAGAGUGCAGGUGUGUAGGGCGCUCUACUCACCUAAAACAGUGCCUCACCGUCUAUUCUGCUAUUUAUAUCUGUGCUAGCUGGGCGUGCAGUGCCUGUACCCUACAUGCUGCCAUACGUGUACAUGUACCUUAGGUAGUGGCAUGGUCACAAGGUGUGAGCAGGCUUGCAAUGUUUUUCUCCUUCUAGGUGCCCUCUCGUUUCUCCCUCUGCCAUCAGUCAGACUUGAAAACUGUGAAUGUGAUCAUUCAUAUGCAUUUAAAUGAGACCAAAUCACGCCCUCAUACUGCUCCUUUUCAAAUUUUUGAAGAAAACUAUUUAAAAUCAAUCGUUUGACCUCUUUUUUUUUUUUUCCUCCCCAUGAAGCACAUUCCCCCUGCCCUCACAGUGCUCCAUGGAAUAAAGUUAGAAACAAUAUGCAUGAUCUUUAUUAAACCUCUGUGCAAUUAUCAACAUAGUGAAAAUCCCAAUUGAAUUUUAAAUGACAGGAGACCAACAGGAACCAUUGGAGCUGAGAGAGCUACCAGAAUGGUAAAAGCUAAACAGUCAGUAAGCCGUGCUCACCAAAUGACAAAUGAAGCCAUUCAUUUAAAAGAAAUAAAAUGUUUAUUACCAAGAUUGGAUUUAUUUAAAGUUUGCCUACUCAAGAACGGUUCCCUAGGCCUGAAAGGAGGAGAGUUAGAGGGGGCUUGACUGAGGGGUCAGAAAUUACAAA